CAGUCCUGCAUCACUUGCAGGUGGUUGUACUGCAAACUUCACUUUGCAAAUCUGUAUCAGAGAGUUCAGUCUCAACUCUUUGCUUUUUCUUCGUGGGUCAGGAUGAAGCUGCUGUUGGUUGUUGCUGCUGCUCUGGCCGUGGCCAGCUGUGCCAACGACUCCUCGGUAGACUCGGACUUUCACGCCUGGAAACUCAAGUUUGAAAGAUCCUACAACUCUUCAUCAGAGGAGGCCGAGCACAUGCAAAUCUGGCUCAGAAACCGUGAAGUGGUGCUGGCGCACAAUGCCAAGGCCGAUCAGGGCAACUCCUCCUACCGACUUGGCAUGACCUACUUUGCUGACCUGGAACAUGAGGAGUUCACACGAAGGCUCUCUCGAGGCUGCCUGAGCUUUUUCAAUGCUUCUAGGUCUCGCCGGGGCUCCACCUUCCUGCGGAUGCUUAAUCUCCCCAAUCUGACUGAAAGUGUGGACUGGAGGGAAAAGGGCUACGUCACUCCCGUCAAGGAUCAAGGGGCCUGUGGCUCCUGCUGGGCCUUCAGUGCAACUGGUUCGCUGGAGGGUCAGCACUUCAGGAAGACAGGGAAGCUGGUUUCCCUGAGUGAGCAGCAGCUGGUGGACUGCUCUGGUAAAUAUGACAAUUCGGGCUGCAAUGGAGGCUUAAUGGACAAUGCCUUCAAUUACAUCAAGGACAACGGAGGUAUAACCACCAUGGACUCCUACCCAUAUGAGGCUAAGGACAAAGAAUGCCGUUUCGACCCUGACACCAUCGCUGCCACAUGCACCGGCUACAAAGAUAUAACACAAAAUGAUGAAGACAGCCUAAAGGAGGCUGUGUAUGCCAUUGGUCCCAUUUCUGUGGGCAUCAAUGCUGCUUCGGAUUCUUUCCAGUUAUAUGAAUCAGGGGUGUAUGAUGAGCCGGGUUGCAGCGCAGAUUUGGACCACGGUGUACUCAUUGUGGGUUACGGCACUGAAGAUGGCAAAGACUAUUGGCUGGUCAAAAAUAGCUGGGGUGAAUCCUGGGGAGACAAGGGAUACAUCAAGAUGAGAAGGAACAGUGGGAACCAGUGUGGCAUCGCUUCUGCAGCCAGCUACCCCCUGGUCACAGGAAACGUUUUUUUUAGAGAGUUCAGUCUCAACUUCAAGUCACAUUGGACUUUGUCGCUCAGGAUGAAGCUGCUGUUGGUUGCUGUCGCUGCUCUGGCCGUGGCCAGCUGUGCCAGCGUGUCCCUGGAAGACCUGGAGUUCCACGCCUGGAAACUGAAGUUUGGAAGAUCUUACAACUCUCCAUCAGAGGAGACUCACCGCAUGCAAAUCUGGCUCCAAAACCGCAAACUGGUACUGGUGCACAAUAUCAUGGCCGAUCAGGGCAUCAAAUCCUACCGCCUUGGCAUGAACUACUUUGCUGACCUGGAAAAUGAGGAGUACAAGCGUUUGAUUUCUCAGGGCUGCCUGGGCUCCUUUAACGCUUCUCUGCCUCGUGGUGGCUCCACCUUCCUGCGGUUGCCUGAAGUCACUGAACUGCCAAAAAACGUCGACUGGAGGGACAAGGGCUACGUCACUGACGUCAAGGACCAGAAGGAGUGUGGCUCCUGCUGGGCCUUCAGUGCAACGGGUUCGCUGGAGGGUCAGAACUUCAGGAAGAUAGGGAAGAUGGUGUCCCUGAGUGAGCAGCAGCUGGUGGACUGCUCUGGUAACUAUGGCAACGAGGGCUGCAAUGGAGGCUUAAUGGACAAUGCCUUCCGUUACAUCCAGGUCAACGGAGGUAUAGACACAGAGGACUCCUACCCGUAUGAGGCUGAGGACGGACAGUGCCGUUACAACCCUGCCACCAUCGGUGCCAAAUGCUCCGGCUUUGUUGAUAUAAAACAAGGUGAUGAAGACGCCCUGAAGGAGGCUUUGGCCACCAUUGGACCCGUGUCUGUGGCCAUCGAUGCUUCUCAUGAGUCUUUCCAGUUUUAUGAAUCAGGAGUUUAUGAUGAGCCGGAUUGCAGCAGCACAGAAUUGGACCACGGUGUUCUCGCUGUGGGAUACGGCAGUGACGGCGAACAUGACUAUUGGCUGGUCAAGAACAGCUGGGGUCUAUCCUGGGGAGACAAGGGAUACAUCAUGAUGACCAGGAACAAACACAACCAGUGUGGCAUCGCUACUGCAUCCAGCUACCCCCUGGUCUGAGAAGGUCUUUCAUCUGUGUCACAUAAUUCACUUUAAUUUCAUAAAGAAGCCGACUUAUCACUUGAAUGAUGUUUUUCCUGUUUGAACUGUACCCUGGUGCAAUUUUAAUAGAAUGACUUUGAUUGUAAAUAAAUGUGAAGAAAUAAAUGUUUUUUCUGUCAGAGAAAAAAAAUUCAAA